CCUUCUUUCUCUCUCAUAUAUUCUCCCUUUCAACAAGAUUCAUGGAUUAACCUACCAGGACUUGUGUUGGAUUUCACGAUGAACACCACGAUUUUCCUCGUCACCCCUGUGUGCUACUUUUUCCUUUUCUAUUUCCUUUUCCACAGAGGAAUGUGUUCCGAAGCUGAGCAUAAACUCUUCACUGUCAUCUUUGAUAAAUAUAACCAGUACAUCAGACCGGUGGAGAAUGUCUCCGACCCAGUGAUAGUCCAGUUUGAGGUGUCCAUGUCCCAGCUAGUGAAAGUGGAUGAAGUUAACCAGAUUAUGGAGACAAAUCUGUGGCUAAGACAUAUAUGGAAUGACUACAAAUUGAGGUGGAAUCCCAGAGAUUUUGGAGGUGUGGAGUUCAUCCGUGUCCCGUCUAACAAGAUUUGGAAGCCAGACAUUAUGUUAUAUAACAAUGCAGUGGGAGAUUUCCAGGUGGAUGAUAAGACCAAAGCUCUUCUUCGCUACAACGGAGACGUGACAUGGAUUCCUCCUGCCAUUUUCAAAAGCUCUUGCAAAAUUGAUGUCACCUACUUUCCCUUCGAUUACCAGAACUGCACCAUGAAGUUUGGCUCAUGGACCUAUGACAAGGCCAAGAUUGAUCUGGUGCUGAUUGGUUCUACAAUCAACCUGAAGGAUUUCUGGGAGAGUGGAGAGUGGAUGAUUAUCGAUGCGCCAGGCUACAAGCAUGACAUCAAAUACAACUGUUGUGAGGAGAUCUACACUGACAUCACCUACUCGCUCUAUAUCCGUCGACUGCCUCUUUUCUACACCAUCAACAUGAUCAUCCCGUGCUUGCUUAUCUCAUUCCUGACCGUCCUAGUGUUCUAUCUUCCAUCAGACUGUGGUGAAAAAGUGACCCUUUGCAUCUCAGUUCUCCUCUCCCUCACUGUCUUCCUCUUGGUCAUCACUGAAACCAUUCCAUCCACCUCACUAGUCAUUCCACUCAUUGGUGAGUACCUGCUCUUCACCAUGAUCUUCGUCACGCUUUCCAUAGUCAUCACGGUCUUUGUGCUUAAUGUGCAUUACCGAACACCCAAGACUCAUACAAUGCCACGUUGGGUGCAGCGUGUAUUCCUUAGCCUCCUUCCCAAAAUCAUGUUCAUGACCAGGCCUGAGCGAGACCUAGGAAAGCAUAAAAGUUUUAGACCCCCUCGUCCAUCAUGUUCCAUCCAUUCUUCUGCUUCCUUCCCCCAGCAUCUUAGUAAGCAACAGAGCCUUCCAGGCAGCCUUCCCCGACGCACUCAGCUCUUACUUAGCACCGAGCUAAACACUCUGAGUGAAGCUGUUAAGGCCAGCUCAAGCUUCUUGUGCAGAGAUGAGAGAUGUAGCUGCUACUUAAGGCAGCUCUCUACCAAAUUACCCACAGAUGGAACUGGAGGGGCAGGAGUGGGCAGUUUUGGGGCAGUUAGUGGAGCAGGCAUGAUGGUAGGUUGUGGAGCAAGAGGAAAUAGCCCUUGUUCCAGCUCAGAGUCUCUGGAAGGGGGACUUUUGACUCUCUGCACACUCUCACCAGAAGUUCGGGAAGCUAUUGAAAGCGUUAAGUACAUUGCAGAGAAUAUGAAGCUACAAAAUGAAGCCAAAGAGGUCCAAGACGACUGGAAAUAUGUGGCCAUGGUGAUUGACAGAAUCUUUUUGUGGGUGUUUAUCCUAGCGUGCAUUCUGGGAACAGCAGGACUCUUUUUACAGCCUCUUCUAAUGGGAGAAGACAUGUGAUCCUUCAUGAUCAACCUUAAACAGACUUAAGAAAUCUUGACUAAGUGGUGGUGAGUGUAGUGCAAUUUUAAAGAAGCAAACCGUGGACGUCAAUACAUCACUCAGUAGUCCUUGUGCUUGUGCAUAGAUUUUUUCUUUCACAAGAAGACUUCUAUGAAGCCGGUGGAAAACUCGAUAUAUGGAAAUGAGUCGAAAAUAUGUUUUUUUUUUCUUUUUUACAUUGAAUUUUGGUUUAAAUGGUAUCUAUUGUGAUGUGUAUUGUUACGCAUCAUGAAAGAAUGGAGUUUCAUGCUUCUU